GGCCUUCAUGAAUCAUGAGUUCUUUGUGACCAAAAAAAAAAAAAAAAUCGAAAGAAGCAGAAAACAGGGAAGCAGGAAGAGCAGCAUCUUCUUCUUCAUUGGAAUGAGAAUUCGUAACCGUAAUAACCGAUUCAAAAUCCUGUAUUGAAGAUCAAGGAGGAAUCCAAACCAGAGAUAGUGGAGUGAAAACAAUUGACGAUUCCAAUGGCAGAUCCGAACCUGGAUCUGCAGGAAUCAGGCUGGGAGGAGCUGAGGCGUGAAGCUCGCAAGAUCGAAGGCGAUCUCGAUGUCAAACUCUCUUCUUAUGCUAAGCUCGGAGCUAGGUUCACGCAUGGAGGUUAUGUAGAUGCUGGAUCACCUACUAUUGGAUCCAGUCGAUCAUGGAAGUCUAUGGAAAUGGAAAUCCAAUCAUUGCUUGAGAAGCUGGUGGAUACAAAUGAUGCUAUGAGUAGGUGUGCUGCCUCUGCAGCACAAACAACUUCAGUAACCCAGAAGCUGGCAAGGCAUAGAGACAUACUGCAUGAAUUUACGCAGGAAUUCAGACGAAUCAAAGGAAAUAUAAAUUCAAUGAAGGAACAUGCAGAGCUUUUGAGUUCUGUUAGGGAUGAUAUUAGCGAAUAUAAGGCAUCUGGGAGUAUGUCUCCAAGAAUGCAGUUACUACGAGAGCGAGCUGCCAUCCAUGGAAGCAUAGCUCAUAUUGAUGAUGUGAUUAAUCAAGCUCAAACAACUAGGGCAGUCUUGGGCUCUCAAAGGGCUUUGUUUGGAGAUGUUCAAGGAAAAGUAAAACUUUUGAGUGACAAGUUCCCUAUAAUCCGUGGCUUACUUGGUUCCAUCAGAAGGCGGCGUUCCCGUGACACUCUUAUUCUGUCUGCGGUAAUUGCUGCAUGUACAUUGUUUCUUAUCAUCUAUUGGCUCUCAAAAUAACAAAAGCACCAAUGUUGAAAAUGGCUAUGUUUUACUAAUGGAAUUUUGCUUUGUAAUUUAUUAGAACAAAUUCAAUUUCUUUGUAGUGAAGCUUGGGGUUAGUUACAUAUUGCCAUUAACCAAAAUAUGAUCUAACGGUGUUUCAUAUGCAUUCUGUUUGAAACAGAGAACUAGAAAUAGGUAUCUAUGUUACGUUGACUUUUUGCCCUGAGUAAAACCUAGAAGCUACC